AUGGCGGAUCGAUUUCCCUCAUUAGACGAGUUCGACGCUGGUCAGAGCGAAGCCCGUGGCGAUGCUACCAACUUCGAUGCCCUUGGCGAUGAUGCCGGUGACGACUUCCUCUCCCGUGAGCGCGCAAUUCUCGGCGAUGAUGCGGAUCAGUUUGCUUCAGAAAACGACAAGCUGGCAACAGUCGAGGACGGUGAUGACGACCUGCUUGGUGAAGACUUCGGCGGCCAGGCCAACGUUGGCUCACAGGAGAUGAGCGGCUUCGAGAGCUCCUUCCCUGCGAUUGACACAACCAACGAGCACAUGGCCCCUGGCGGCACAAUCACAGGGUCCACGCUCCCCUUCCUCCCUGGUCAGCCCGCACCUUCGUUCACACCCCAGCGAUCAGACUCGCCAGAGCCGGAUGUGAUCCGAGAAUGGCGCGAGCGCCGCGACCUCCAGAUCCAGCACCGCGAUGAGGUCUCCGCCGAGCGCAAGAGCAAGACCAUCCAAGAGGCGCAGCAGAACAUUGACGACUUCUACGAUAACUACAACAACAAGAAGGACAAGGAGAUCGCCAAGACACGGAAAGAGGCCGAAGAGUUCCUUGCCAACCGAGACGACACAACUGCGGGUGGAACUAGCUGGGAGCGCAUUGCUAAGUUGGUCGACCUUAGCGGCAAGGGCACAAAGGGUGGAGCAUCAGGAAGCGAGAAGGCGCGCUUCAGGGAACUGUUGCUCAGCUUGAAGAAGGACGACAAGGCGCCUGGUUCGACUGGAUACUAG